CUCCCGGGCCCUACCGUCAACGGAUGAUGAACAGCUUCUUUGUACAUACAAUGGUAUCGACAAUGCUUUGUUAGCGGGUAAUACUGUCUUGAGACAUCAGAUUUCAUCGCACAUAAAAGGCUGCUUGCUUGUCCAUCGCAAUUCUCACCAUGCAUCCUACCAUUUUCUAAUUCAACAGAUUCAAAUUCCACUCCUUCGACUUAGUUCACCUACUAAACAUAACAAUGGACGUCAGUUUCUUCGAAGAAUCCCCCCGCCUCAAAUCCAACCAAAUCCUCCGCCAAGUGCAAAGCAUCCACACCGUGACCGAGGAUCUCAUCACCGAACUCCAAACAACCUUAGGCGAGGGCAAGUUCGUGGUCGACAAGUUCAAAGUGCGUCCCCAGGAAUGGCACGACUGGUACAAGGCCAAUCCCCGUCUGCGUGGUCUCGUCGAAUACGACUCUCUCAAACAGUACAUCAUAAUCAAGGGUAAACCCGGUCCAUUGCACGAUGCUGUCACCGCGACGUUCAAAAGGUUCUUCGAAGAUCUACAGGACCUCAUGUACGGACUAAACAGACACCAAACUACGACUCGCAAACCAGUCCAAGAAAUCCCCUUCCUAGCCCUAGAAAUCGGCAUCUGCGAAUCAACCAACAAACUCCUCCAAAAUGCAGAGUACCUCCUCACGCGCACUACAAACAAGAAAAACGCCGUGAUAGUCGUCGACAUCCAAGAACGUCGUCCGCCUCCGAUCCGCAGUUUCAAACAAUUUGAUCUCAGCGGGGACGAUAUCAAGGCCUUGGAAUUGUCGCAGGUCACAGACGCUAUUACUAAAUGGUACCAGCGGAGCAAGAACCCACUUGUUGGGGAGUUUAGCGUUGGAGUGUACUUCUGUUAUUCGGAGGGUGAGACUGUUACUAUCUACAAGGGUGGCGGCGGCCAUUCCCUAUGGAAGACUUCUACCUGCGCUGCAGACGAAGCGCGAGAUUAUGUUUCCAGUGCCCGUUGAUGAAUUGCUGGGCGAGUUGCAGAAGACGCUUACUUGGGUGUUGCCGCAUUAUCGGGCUGAGCGGAAGGCGUUGGAGUUGAAGAAGAGGUUGGCGAAGAGGAGGGUUAGUAAGGUUUGACGGGGUUGGACCCAGGUAAGUGCUCCCUCCCUUUGCUUUGCUUUUCGAUCUGUUUUGAGUUUAUUAUGUUUGGUUUGUUAUGAGUAUGGGGGUAUGGAUGGUAAUGUGGUGGAUUUCAUGUCUGAUUCCAAUCUUGUUGGUGUUUACGGACCAAUAGAAAG